AUGAGUGGAAGGCCAAAGACAAGAAGGGGUGCAAGGGUUUUUAGAGCUCAUUCUGAAGAAGCCAGUGGUAGUGCGAGCAUGAUUGCUCUGCUGUCAGAGCACGAAAACCCUGACUCAAACUGGGUAAUCCGAUCAUGGAAGAUUUUCAUAAGCAUGAUGUUUAUAUUGAUUUUUCUUCUUGUAGGACUUCGAAAUCAUGAGUGGGUUAAAGACAAAGAUGUUCCUCAGAAAUCCGGACAAUUAUAUGCUGUAAUUGCAGAUUAUGGCUCAAGGCUUUAUAGUUACCAGGCCAGACUUCGUAUACCAAAAGAGCAACUGGAACUUCUAAAGAGGGAAAGCCAAACUCUGGAAAACAAUUUCCGUGAAAUCCUAUUUUUAAUAGAACAAAUAGAUGUUCUAAAGGCAUUACUUAGGGAAAUGAAGGAUGGCGUCUACAACCAUAGCUGGAAUGGGGACCCUGUUGAGGAAGAGGACAAGGGCGUUCUCGAUGAGGAAAUGUCAAACUUGGUAAGUUAUGUACUUAAAAAGUUUAGAGAGGACCAAGUCCAGAUGGCUGAUUAUGCCCUGAAGUCGGCUGGAGCCUCCAUCAUUGAAGCUGGGACUUCAGAAAGUUACAAAAAUGACAGGGCAAAACUGUACUGGCAUGGGAUAGGGUUCUUAAACUAUGAAAUGCCUCCAGAUAUUAUUCUUCAGCCAGAUGUCCAUCCUGGGAAGUGCUGGGCUUUUCCAGGCUCCCAGGGCCAUACCCUCAUCAAGCUUGCCAAGAAGAUUAUACCAACUGCUGUUACCAUGGAGCACAUCUCAGAGAAGAUCUCUCCCUCAGGAAACAUCUCCAGUGCACCCAGGGAAUUUUCUGUCUAUGGCAUCUCAAAAGAAUGUAAAGGAGAAGAAAUUUUCCUAGGUCAGUUUAUGUAUAACAAAAAAGAAACCACCGUUCAAACAUUUGAGCUCCAGCAUGAAGUUUCUGAAUCUUUAUUAUGCGUGAAACUGAAAAUCCUCAGCAAUUGGGGGCACCCAAAAUAUACUUGUUUAUAUCGAUUCAGGGUUCAUGGCAACCCAGGAAAUCACAUUUAGAACA